AUGGCUUCCUCAGGCCUUGCGACCAAACCAAUGACAAGCUUCCGUGCCUACAUUGAAGCCCUUCGUGAAGACGAUGACCUCGUGGAGAUCGACGAUCCGAUAGACCCUGACCUCGAAGCUGCGGCUAUAUCGAGACUUGUGUGCGAAACGAAUGACAAGGCACCCCUUUUUAAUAACGUCAUCGGAGCCAGAGAUGGUCUUUUUCGCAUUCUGGGAGCGCCGGCAGCUUUGCGGAGAGACCCCAAGACUCAAUGGGGUCGUGUGGCUCACCAUUAUGGGCUACCUGUCUCGAGCACGCCUAGCCAGAUCGCGGAAAAGAUGAUUUCGGCUGCAGACCUAAAACCUAUCGAGCCAAUUGUGGUCGAGACCGGACCAAUCCUGGAAAAUGCCAUCGAAGGAGAUGACAUCGACCUAAACAUCCUACCUUUACCACAUCUUCACGCAGGCGACGGCGGCAAGUACAUCCAAAGCUUUGGCAUGAAUGUUAUGAGGAUGCCUGACGGUAAAUGGACCAAUUGGUCCAUUUCCCGUGCCAUGGUCAACAGCAAACGAACCCUUGUGAGCCCGGUAAUCCAGCCACAGCACAUUUGGCAAGUUCACAAGGCAUGGAAAGAGCUGGGAAAGGACGCUCCAUUUGCUAUUGCAUUUGGCGUGCCGCCUGUAGCGAUCAUGGUAUCAGGCAUGCCGGUCCCCGAUGGGGUCUCCGAAGCCGCCUAUGCUGGAGCUCUCGCGAAUGAGCCCCUGCGUUUGGUAAAAUGCGGCACAAACGACCUCUACGUGCCAGCUGAUAGUGAGAUCCUCUUUGAAGGGACUAUCUCGGCCACGGAGACAGCUCUCGAGGGGCCAUUCGGCGAGUUUCACGGCUACACCUUUCUCGAGUCUCAGCACCACUUCCCGGUCUUCAAAGUCAACAGAAUUACAUACCGCAACCAGGCUAUCCUCCCAAUUUGCGUGCCGGGUCGCCUAACAGACGAAACUCAAAUCAUGAUCGGUGUUCAGAGUGCCGCACAGGUACGAAAGAUCGUUCAGCAACACGGACUUCCCAUCCUUGACGUUUCUGCGCCGAUGGUCGGCCAUUGCAUUUGGCUAGCCAUGAAGGUCGAUACAGCGAGAGUGCGUGCCGAGAAAAUAAAAGCCGCCAACCUUGCGAAAGACGUCGGUGACUUGGUCUUCAGGCUCAAGCCAGCCUUCACGUGCCACCGUAUCAUCUUGGUGGGUGAGGAUAUCGAUAUCUUCAAGGAUACCGAUGUUUUGUGGGCGUUUGCAACACGCUGCCGUCCAGGCCUGGAUGAGUAUUUGUUCGAAGAUAUUUCAAGUUGUCCAUUGGUUCCUUUUAUGGCCGAAGGCACUGGUAACCCAACCCAAGGCGGCAAGGUUGUUCAUGAUGCGUUAUUCGCUUGCGAGUACACCACCGGCCCCAACUGGGAGACCGGCGACUUCGAGCACGCGUAUCCUCCCUCGGUAAAAGCGAAGGUUCUUGGGAAUUGGGGGGCAAUGGGGUUUCGCCCUCUCUGA